AUGGCAACCGCAUAUCCAAGUGGACUCACUGACGCUGAAAUUGAUGUUCGAAUGAAGAAGAUGUUGAGCAUAGCUGAGGAGUGUGACACGACAAAGGACCUCCACGAGAUGCUUGUCCAAAAGAAGAACUUUGUAGCAUAUAAUGGAUUUGAACCAUCUGGACGGAUCCACAUUGCUCAAGCCAUUCUGACUGUACACAACGCAAACACUUUAUAUGAAUGUGGUGGGAAGUUUAAGAUAUACAUUGCCGAUUGGUUUGCGCAAUUGAACCAUAAGAUGGGAGGUGAUCUUGAGAAGAUUAGGGUUCUUGGGAAGUACUUUAUUGAAGUGUUUAAAGCGUGUGGAUUGAAAGAAGAUGCCGCCGAAUUUAUAUGGGCGUCCGACUUGAUUCAAAACAGUAAGACUUACUGGCCGACGGUCUUGGAUGUCGCGACCAAAAACUCCGUGAAUCGGAUUACUCGAUGUUCCCAGAUCAUGGGAAGAGGCGAGAAAGAGGCGUUGACCACAUCGCAGUUGUUCUAUCCCUGUAUGCAAUGCGCCGACAUUUUCGAGAUGAAUGUCGACAUCUGCCAACUUGGUCUUGACCAGCGCAAGGUGAAUAUGUUAGCGCGAGAGUAUGCCGCUACCAUGAAAAAGACGUCUCCAAUCAUUUUGUCCCAUCACAUGUUAAUGGGGUUGAAAGGACCAAAAGCUGGAAAGAUGAGUAAAUCGAUCCCCGACUCCGCUAUCUUCAUGGAUGACUCCUUCGACGAAAUUAAGAGGAAAAUGAUGAAGGCCUUUUGCACGGAUGAAGUGAAGGAGAACCCCGUCUUCGAGUAUAUUAGAUACAUCAUUUUACCAUUCUUGGGAAAGGCUAAAUUGUGCGGAAAGGAAUAUACGUUCCAGGAAGUCUGCCCCGAGUUCGGUCAAAAAGACGAGAAAGGUGUCGCUUUAAUAGCUACCCCGACCUUCGCAGAGGAGUUUAAGACAAUGGACAAAAAACAACUGAAAGAAGAUGUCGCAGGACUCAUUAAUGACAUCAUCGAACCGGUCAGAAAACACUUCGAAACAGAAGAAGGAAAGAAAUUGCUUGAGACUAUUAAAUCGUUCAGUGUCACAAGAUGA